AAUGCUUUCCCAUAAAUUUCUUCCACAUAACUCAAAACGAAUCGUUAAUGGAAGCGUUGAGGGCGAGAAAUGUUCAAAUUGAUUCUGAACCAGAAUCACAAACAUCAAGAUUCCUUCCGAUUCCCAUCUCUAAUCACCACAUUAGCGAGAAACUGCAGCACCUCGGACAAUUCCACACCCGCCCCGCCCUCAGGGAAUGAUUGACAUCUGGGUAUCCUAUAUCUCACCAGCUACAUCCAAUCAACUGAGGAUCUGGGACUUGCAGUCGUUGCCCGUGGAUACAACAGGGGGAGCUUCAAAGCGGUUGUUUACAGUUGAGAGCGGCAGUGUGACUGGACGGAGGCAUCGGCGAAUUUCCUGCAGAUGGGCUAAAGGCGAACCAUCUGGGAAGCGCAUGGACAGUAGUUAUCACCAUCGCACCUAAAGAAAAAAGCAAACUCCACAUUAUCUUGUAGAUGCUCACCGGCCGCUGAUAGAAUCACUGGGUUCUUUUCCUUACGACUGGUGCGCAUCUUGUCUGGGUUGCUUUAGGACAACAGCAGGAUCUUACAUUUCUCCUCUUACAACUGACAAGCUUUUUGUCGGACAAAACGCACUGGGCGAGAUGGAUAACGAAAAGUACUUGCCAGAACUGAUGGCGGAGAAGGAUUCUCUGGACCCGUCCUUCCAGCACUCAUUGCGGCUUCUUGAUCAAGGUUUCAAUUUCACAUUUCCAUCUCCUUGCUUCUGUGUGUAUUGUGAGUUAGAACCCCAGGCUGGAAAGCUCAACCCUGAUGAACUGGAGAAAAUAGAAAAGGUUCAGAAAGACGAAGACAAAGAGGAUGAGAAGUUCAUCGAUGUGGUCAUCAACAAGAACAUGAAACUGGGACAGAAGGUUUUGAUCCCUGUAAAACAGUUUCCCAAAUUUAAUUUUGUGGGUAAACUCCUGGGCCCUCGAGGGAACUCAUUAAAGAGACUGCAGGAGGACACGCUGACCAAAAUGUCCAUCCUUGGCAAGGGAUCCAUGAGAGACAAAGAAAAGGAAGAAGAACUGCGAAAGAGCGGAGAGGCAAAGUAUCAUCACCUUAAUGAAGAUCUUCACGUGCUGAUCGAGGUGUUCGCGCCGCCUGCUGAAGCGUAUGCGAGAAUGGGUCACGCUCUGGAGGAGAUAAAAAAAUUCCUUAUUCCUGACUAUAAUGAUGAGAUCAGACAGGCUCAGCUACAGGAACUGACUUAUCUGAACGGCGGCUCGGAGGACGCCAAAGUCCCAGCAGCCAGAGGCAAGAGCAGCACGCGAGGCAGAGGAACGUCAGCGCCGGGACCGCACAGGUGUAGAGGGGGCGUUCCUCCUCCUCAGGCUGCAGUCCCGCGGGGGGUGGCACCCAGAGGAGCUCCGCCCAGCAGGGUUCCAUCCAGCAGAGUAAGGGGCGUUCCCACACAGAGAGCACGAGGAGCUCCGCCCCCACCCGGGUACAGACCUCCCCCUCCGGUGGUGCAGGAUACCUACGGUGAAUAUGAAUAUGAUGAUGGAUAUGGAACAGCCUACGAUGACCAGGGAUAUGACUCAUAUGAUAACAACUACAAUAAUCAGGCACCAAACUCAGAUGAUUAUUAUGAAUACAGCCAUGGAAUCAGCGGAGAAUCAUAUGACUCUUACGGCCCGGAGGAAUGGACAAACAACCGCAACAAGGCGCCAACAGCAAGGACAAGCAAAGGAGUGUACAGAGAGCAGCCGUACUCCCGGUUCUGACCUGCUACAGUCCUUCAUGUGCCCUCCCAAGUAAUGGAUUUUCUAUGGACUCUAUUUCCUUUUUUUGCAAAUAAAAUCAACCAAAACGACAAAAAUAGCUGAUGGGUAAAAUUAAGUUUCUGUGGAACUGAUUCUGUUGUAACAUGGACGACCCCCCACAAACGGAACAUUACGGAUCACUGGAUUUAAAUCAGAGAACCAAUCAGAAUUCAAAUAGACCUACUUAUGUCAGAGGGAGGCGGGCACUAGCGGUAAGGGGCGGAGUUAUAUGAGGAGUACGAUGUUUAGAUUUAGCAGGUCAGUUUUUGUAGAUACUUUUUUUUUGAUGGGUGAUCAGCUUCAAUGUGUCCCUUGUAAAUUUUACCUUUAACUAGAGGAAAAAAAAAAAAAAGUAAAAGAAAAUUUCAGUGCAAGUGUUGUUUUCCUUCCUUUCUCUUUUCUAAAUGGAAAGUUCUUCAGCGUUAAAGGGCUUAUAGGAGCAUGUUGUGAACAAAAUUAAUAAUAAUUAUGUGCAGUUUCAGUUGCGAUGAGAAAAGCCUGCAUAGUUUUGUCUGGUUUUUGUGUUGAGCGUUUAAUCCCUUUAAUGAGCUCUGUGGUAAUAGGUGUUUUCUUCUAGUGAGCGAUCUGAAGAGCGUCUGAAUUGGCAGUUUUGGGCAAUUAAUCCAAAUGACUAAAAUUCCCAAUAUAAUCUCAGUUGAUAUAUGAGAGACUCCUUCGAGUUAAUGACAUCUAGAAGUUACUCCUGCACACUUUACUGUGCAAUUCUAAUGCAUUAUAGCCCAUAUAAGCCUUUGCACGGCGCUAAUGUUGGCUUUCCAUUAGUAUGUUAUAUAGCGCAGAUGGGUUAAAAAUAGCAACAGAGCAUUUCAAAAACAAGAAAAGACUAAACCGAAGCAUCGCUUGUGCAAGACAGCAGUUUUUGGCACAUUGUGUAUUCUUGAAAACUUGUUGAAAUGCAUUUUAAGUGCACAGCAAAGUGCUACUGGUCAUUUCUAAACCGAAUACUGUUGACUAAAGUUUAACUAGUACUGUUUUAUAAAACUAUUAAAAGCCUAAUCAAAUGUAUGCUGAAAUUUAAAAAGUGAUAGUAAUGAAAAUUAUUGUGGUACUGGUGGUGGCAGUUUAAUACAUUUCUGUUAAGAGCUAUAAUCUUUGUAAGCUUGUGUAAGCCCUUUAAUUCUCGUCUCAGUUGAUUAUAAAAUAAACUUUUUGAAAGAAAAACUAUCAUUGUGUUUGAGAGCACAUUUUGUCCUUGUUUACUUUGGUAAAACUUCAUAAUCUAAACUAACAUCUGCUGUGUAUUAACAUCAAAAGUGUAGCGUACAGUAUCUUAUGAUGAGAAAAUAAAAUGGAAAAAAAAUAACAAAUAAAUCCUUUAAGAUCACAUAAAAGUGAAAAUAAACCAAAACCUAUAUUUGUCCCUUCUGAAUUUCUAGUACGUCUUUUCAAAAAUGAAUCUGAUGCAUGUAACUAUUUUGACAAUGGAAUUAAAGUUAAUUGCAGCCGGCACAAUUAAAUUUAUUUGUAAUAUACCGUACCCAGCAGCUUGAAAUAAAUCUGCAAUUAUAAACUUACCUUAUUAUCUGUUCUAAUUCUUUCUACUUGAAAACACAUGAGACUCUUCUGUGGUAAAGCAUAUGAAAGCAAAGUUAAUUAUCCACUAAUAUAUCUUUAAUCAUACUCUUUUAUUAACGGCAACUUUGCUAGACUCUAUAGAUACGGUACUGUUGCACAUGGAAAAGUAAUUCCACAUAUUGUCAUAUUUCAUAUUUUAAGAUUUAAUAAUGUAAGCGGU